AUGAGUCAACUCUUGGUGAAGGACAAUGAGUUUAAAUUUGAUGAAGAAUCUCUAAAGUCCUUUAAUCUGCUAAAGGAAAAGCUGUCAAAUGCGCCUAUCCUGAUGGUGCCUGAUUGGAACCUUCCUUUUGAGCUCAUGUGUGAUGCAAGCGCAUACACAAUUAGAGCAGUACUUGGUCAGCAUAAGGAUAAGCUAUUACAUGUGAUUUACUAUGCUAGCAAGGUUUUAAAUGAGGCGCAAGAUGCGAAGCCGCGGUUAUUGCGUUGGAUGCUUCUCUUCCAGGAAUUUGAUCUGGAGAUUCGAGACAAAAAGGGAGUUGAAAACAAAUUAGCUGAUCACUUGUCAAGGAUUCAAGACAAAGAAUUGCAAGAUGGACCUGAGAUUGAGAUAAAAGAAUCCUUCCCUGAUGAACAAGUGAUGGCAGUUCGUUUCGGACCAUGGUUCACCGAAUUCGCGAAUUACAAAGUUGUAGGAUCAAUUCCUGAAGAACUCACAUGGAAACAGAAAAAAGAAGUUCCUACAUGA